UCCCCAUCAGUCAGCAGACUAAAUCUUUCUACAUGAUUACCUGAUUGGUCAGUUUACACCCAUGCCAAGGAAGUGCAAACAGUUCUUCCGGUCAGUGUUUGGUUUGAAUCGAAGAAGAAUGCCAGUAAGGAGGAUAUUAGAGGCACUUUAGUCAACAAGAUGAAGAUCAAACAACGUUCAAAAACUAAACCACUGCACAAAAAAACAUGGGGACUAAACGCCAUGGAAACCUGGGUAUAACACAAACAGAACAUGAACCACAAUCAGGUGAUGACUCUACCGGCAGAGAUGAAUCAGAUUGUACCCAAGCCCUCUCAAAGAGCACCAGUUCAACUCAUCAUUCAGAUUCUAGUCCACUCCACAAGGAUCCUGUGGUAGUGCUAACCAGGUUGGCUGAGGUGGUGGUUAAGACACUUCUGAAAGACAUUAAAGUGUGUUUGGUGAAGGAGGAGACGGAUGUCAGGAAGGAUGAAGACGACCAUGGAGGUUCUCCUCAGUUCUUUCCUUGUCCACACUGCACCAUCUCCUUCACUGACUGUUACUUCCUGGAGAACCACAUCAAGACCAAACACCAGAAGCAGUACCUGGCCAUGUUGAAAAGCCAAGUCUCAAAGAGUAAAAGAGUGUACGGCCCCACACACAGCUGUCCCCACUGUAGCUGCAUGUUCCAUACACCACGACAGCUAGACAUCCACACCCGCCAGGCCCACCCCUCUGACCGUCCCCAGAAACCUGCCCCUCCCCGGAGAACUGGCCGUCCCCACAGGGUUCAGGAGAAAUUCCACACCUGCCCACAGUGUUCCCGCAGAUUCAAGUACCUGGGCAGCCUGCUGAAGCACUGCAAGAGUUUGCACAAAAUGGCCGUUGUUCUCACCGAUGGACACAUCAGUUGCGCAAACUGUGAGAAGAGCUUUGAGAAUUGCUGGGGUCUGGGGCCUCACCGGUGUCAUGAACCAGAGGGCAAUAAACCUAAGGACGCUAAACAGAUGGUCUGUAAGGAAGUCGGCUUCCAAUGCUUAGAUUGUGGCAAGAUCCUCACUACUCCUACGAGCCUGAACACUCACAUGCGCAUCCACACUGGAGAAAAGCCUUAUGUCUGCAAGGAGUGCGGCAAGCGCUUCUCAGAUACCAGCGCUUACCGUUAUCACUUGUUAAUACACAAUGGGGUCAAGCCAUUCAAAUGUCAGGACUGUGGGAAGGCUUUCAAACAGAAGUCGCUCCUCAGGAAGCACAUGACUGUUCACUCUGGUGAGAGGAAGUACUCCUGCUCCCAAUGCGACAGGCGGUUUGCAUACCGGGAGAGUCUGAAGCUUCACCUGCGCACACACUCAGGGGAGAGACCUUUCAAAUGUACUGUGUGUGGUAAAGACUUUGCGGAUAAAGGUUAUCUGAAGACGCAUCUGAAGAUCCACAGCAACCAGAAAAACUACCAUUGUGGGGUUUGUGGGCAGAAGUUCAUAAGGAUUGGGGUGCUGAACAUACACCUGCGCUCACACACCGGUGAGAGGCCUUACCACUGCACAGUGUGUGACAAGCAAUUUGCCCGACUCGACCACCUGAAGAACCACCAGCGCACUCACACAGGUGAGAAACCAUACACCUGUACCGAGUGCGGUAAAAGCUUCACUCAGUCUGGAGAUCUGACUAAACACAAGCGCCUCCACACUGGGGAGAGGCCAUUUGAAUGUUCUGAAUGCCACAAACGCUUUAUCUGCUCUGCUUCUCUGACCCUGCACGUGAGGACCCACACUCACCGUGACGUAAAGCCAUACUCCUGCCAAGAGUGUGGGAAGAGCUUUUAUGAACAGAGUCAUGUGAACGGCCACAUGAAAAUCCACAAGGGGAAACGUUUUUCCUGCCCCCACUGCUUUAUCAGCUUUGCUCGCAAGUCCAACCUCUCCAAACACCUGCUUAGAUGUCAUAAACCUAAAUGAUAAUGAUGUAUUUUUUUUUUACCUUUUAUGAAACUCAGUUACUCUUAUGAAUUAAUAGGAGGAGAGUCUGAUCUCGUAAGUCAGUGAUAGAUGUGACAACUUUUCUCCCCUGUUUAUGAUAACGCCACAAUGUUUUAGCAGUCCUCCAGUUGGGUCACACAGUGAGCUCCAUGUAUUGGGACAGUGACACGUUUUGUUUCUCUUGCAGCACUUUGGAUUUGAAAUGAUACUGCUCUUUAACCUCAGUCAUUGUAUGUCAGCUUUAAUUUGAGGGUAUUUUCAUCUAUAUCAGGUGAACCAUUUAGAAAGAACAGCACUUUUUGUUCAUAUUCCCCCCCAUUUUAAGGGAACCAGAAGUAUUGGGACAAAUUCACUUGUGUAGUCAGAAGUUUAUUAUUUGGUUCCAUAUUCCUAGCAUGCAAUGCUUGUGACUGGAUGCAUGUGCAGUUUGUUUUGGUUUUGUUUCAGAGCAUUUUGUGCCUCCCUCACUAAAUCCUAUCCUCCUAUGUUAUUGUAAUGGUGAGAGUUUUGCAUGUCUUGGGGUAUGAUAUCUCACUCAUUAUCCACGAUCCAUUCAGGACUAUCCGUUAUGGUAGCAUCCAACAAGUUUGUAGAGCAAUAAUCUUGAUGUAAUAAUUUGGUCCCUAGGAAUAUGGGACCAAAUACUACACUUGACUACUACACAAAAAGGAAUUUGUACCAAUUAUUUUAGUCCCCCCCCAUGUUCAAAAAGUGGUGUAAUUUCUAAACAGUUCAUAUGGAUAAAAAUACUAAUUAAAGCUGACAGUCUGCACUUUAACCUAAUAAUCAUUGUACCAUUUGAAAUAUAAAGUGCUGGAGGUACAGAGCCAAAAGAACAAAACAAAAAUUCACUGUCCCAAUACUUUUGGAGCUCACUGUACAUUAGGUUGUUACUUUUAUUUCUCUUUUGUUUUAUGGAUGUUUGUGUUUAAACCGUUACAAUGUAAUCUACAUAAUCCCCAAAAGUAAUUAUCAUGAGGUCCAUAAACGAUAACUAGUGAUGUUGCAUACUCAAAGAAAGAUGAUCUCACUUCUGGUAAAAAAAAUAAAAAAAAAUAAAGUUAAAUUGCUGAGGUGGUCAGUUUUGAGGACACAAGCUCAAGUACACACAGUACAAAUAUGAGAUGUGAUGUAUUUCCUUUUCAACAAAAUUGUAUGAAUAAUGCUUGAAAUGACUUGUGUGCUUUCUAAAUAUAGCAUAAAUAAAAUAUAAAAUGACA